GUUGACGAGACGAAACGGCGUAUAGCGGCAGAUCGCUCAUAAAAGAACCUCUUGCAAGUCACUCGGAAACUGUCGGACUGUUGUUAAGAUUUCGUGUAAACCAUGUGGCAGGUAUGCGAGGACGCUUGCGCGGGCGGCCGAACACGUGGUGAACGCCGCAAAGCCGAGCUUUUCCGCGGCGCGUCGCUCGCCGAGAACUUGCAGUCGCGCGUGUUAUCGCUACCGGGACGCUUCCCCUCGAUCGGACGAGAUCGUCUCUCUUUCAUAUUUACUACCCUCAGUGUGCGGGUGCUCGAAGCAACAAACAGUCGAGCCAUUAACGCGAGCCAGACCCGAAAAGAACGCUAAAACAAACAGCAGAUAAAAUUCGUUUCCUGUCUUCUAUGUAAUCACGAAUGGCAAUUGAUAAAAACCGCCGGGAAGAAUCGUCGAAGAACGCCGUCUUCGCCGUAUGCAAAUAGUUUCACCGGAGAAUUUAAUUGGAAGAUUUCGAGUGGAUCACACAUCCCGUCUCGCGAUGAGCAGCGAAUGGAAGAAACCUUCUCCCGCGAUGUGCGCGAGAACGCGGAAUCAUGACUGAGAAGAUAAAAAUUUUCAGUUGACACGUCUCAGUUUCUCACAUUCCACAAAAGCUGAACGUACGCAAGAGUCGAGAUGGAGGACAGCAACGGCGAGGGAAAAUCGCAGGACGGUUUUAUGGCUACUCCGACGAAAGAUCAGAACCCGGACAUCUACGAGAAUCGCAGGCCUAAGAAGAUAAUUCGCGUGGUCACCGUGAUGGCCUACUUGUUUUCCGUGAGUUUUGUGGGUAUUCUCUUAAGCGCCUACUACAUAUUCCUGUGGGAACCGCCAAAUCCGAGGCUCAUGCAGCGACAACGUCUGCGGACGGAUCCGCAGAUGCAGUUCCUGAUCGCGCAACCCUCGGAUGAGACGGAUUCGACGAAGAAAGACGGCAGUUUCCUCCAGCAGAGCGAGGUCAAUCACGUGCACAAACCUCUUCUUCUGGGUCGCAUGUCACAAGAUAUAUACGACGACGAUGACUCCGUUGUCGAUCCCCGAGACAAAAUGGAUCUCGAAAAGAAACGAAGACUGAACAUGAUACUGCUGAACCUGAGGCACUCGCUUGUGGACACCCUACGCGCUCAGAAUCGAAGUUUGUCGCGAGAGACAGCGAUUUCCAACAGACUCAACAAUUCGUUCGUCAAAGUGGGAAAAGUGCUUAAUUCGACAAUGGGUCGCGCGGAGAACUCGAUUUCGCGAAACGACGAAUCACGACGUGGGAAUACAUCCGAAAAAGAGACUUAUAACGGUAACGCUGAUCUACCUUCAGAAUUCGCGAAUUCUACAAGUACGCUAGAUGUUGAAAGCACGUCUUCUACAUUGAAGUUCACGACUAUUCCUGGAACCGAGACGAACCAGACACAUUUCGAUAGAGAUCCUGUUACCAACGCCACUCCGAUUACCGAGGAAAAGAAUCACAAAAAGAAGCUCGAUGAAUUGUACCUUGUACGCGGAUUCGACAACGUAACGGCAAACAGCGACGUUACAAAUGGCAGCAAUCAACGUGUUUUCGGAGACAACAAUUCUUUCAAGAUGACCAAAGAAUUCCGGAAGAUCGAUAGGAAAGAACCGAGACAAAACAAGACCGACGAUCGCCGGUGGAAUAAUGAUGAAGAAAAUGAUCUGGGCGACGUACAAACGAGCGUUAUAUUAGAGGACCGCGUAAAUGGUAGUAUUAGGGACCCUCAUCAGAAGAAUUAUUCUAACGACAGCAAAUCCUCCUCGAAAGAUCAAAUCGGACAGAUCACGCGCGAUACGGUAUCGAUUGACCCGUCGUCUCGCAACUUGGGAUUUACCGACGACCCGGGAUUUCAUCAGACACCGGAUGACCCGACCGUCAUAAAAUCACAACCACGCACCACGGGAACGAGAAAUUCCGAAGAGACACAGAUCGAAAGGAUGAUUGCAAGAUCUACGACGAUAGACAAUAAACAGCUGGAACAAAUUGAUUUAUCGACCACUCAACGACAAAAAAGUUCCUCGGAAAUCUUCACGGAAGUUGCGGAUGUCGAGGAGACGUCUGUUGAACUCACGUCAAUAUCGACAACGCGGGAUUACCAUAAUUUCACUAGCAUUACGAGCGAAGACGACGAGAACGUCACAUAAACGUAUAUCAGACUUUUCACAUCUCGCGUUGAAAAUAAUAAGGUGCAAAGAAACUAAAUUAGUAAUCGCUAAUAGAUUAUCAACCUAUUAGUACAUAUAAAGAAGCAAUUCCAACUCUUUGCGAAAAGAGAACAUUAGGAAUCGCAUUGACCUAAAUUUGCCAAAAACCUUAUAGAGACUAGAACUACUCUCUGCGACAGAUAUAGAAACUAGACACAUUAGAAUAAUUUAAAUGUCUAAAUGAGUCGUCUAGAAUUAUGUGGACGACGCUAUCGCGAAGACACUAUAGAAGAAAUCAACAAUAGUAAUAAGUAAUGAAAUUAUAGAUGAAAUUAUACAUAUAUAUUUCGUCGCAGACUUCAUCUCUCUUAUGAAUUAAAUCACAUGCAAAUUUUGUAUCUUCAUUAUGUGAUAAGACGACCAGAUUACAAAUAUAAUUUUUCGUGAAAGUU